GACUCGACCAGACUGGCAGUAGUUGGCGUCAAGCACUUGGUCCGACACGGUCAGUGCCGCUUCGUCGUCGGCUCGACGACGGCUCAAUCCGCGUUUUUUCCCUUGUCGCGGUUGCUCCACGUUUUUUCGGAUUUGAAGGAAGUUCCGAACGAACGAGUCCUCUUCUUCACGUUACAGAAUCAGUUUCCUGCACACGGAAUAUUCUGCAUUUCAAAGAAAAUGAAUAUUCAAAUGUCAACGCGGGAUUUUCGGUAUCCUCUGUAAUGUGGGAUAUAAAUGAAAAGGUGACGCAAAAACUAUUGAUGCAAAGCACAUUGCAGGUAUGAUAAAUAUCGUUCACUUGAUAUUUUUCAUUUGUAAUCCUUUUAUUGCAAUUUAUGUAUAAACUUGUCGUAUACUUGUUUUAUUGACUAUAUAUUUUUAAAAUUCUCGACAUAAUAAGCUUUAUUAAAUGUUCUUGUAAAUUAUUUUGACUACUUUAUUCGGUGACGUGGAAAUAAUGCCGACUUGUUGAAAGCAUUAGAAGCAGAAUCGCGGCGUCGACAAAAUGUAACGACCGGAAGGAACGAUGUUCGAAGGAAGAAUCACAAGGAGAGAUCGCAAUGAAUGUAUAAUACUUCGCGGCGUGGAAGAUUUUAAGCUUAGGAACACGUGGCAUACGUGUCAAGUUCAUUAAACGAGAAUCUGUAGGCGUGCAUGAUCCGUGCAAUUGUUCAUCUGACGCGAUAUAUACGAACCUUUUCACGUGAAAAGCUUCGGACAAUAAUUGCGCGAAGUUGACGCGAAAUUAAUGUUUCGUCGCGACGCUAAAUGAGCUUGGCAAUUUAAGGCUUUAUUUCAUAAAACAGAGCCGGCUGUCGUCGGCACUGGCGUGUUUAGCGACGUCUUAAUCCCGUGGGGACUCCCUGUGGGGGCAGUCGAAGGAGAAAAAGGAGAUUGCCGUCGGCAGCCACCUGUGACUCCUGCCAUAAGGGUACGAGUCUUCUCAAUAAAUAGGACUUUUAACUCGAAUUUUAACUCGCGGAGCGGGCGAAUGGCAGCGAUUUCCCCGAGGAAGAUGGAAGUUCCCGCGGGAGCGCAACGUAAGCGGGGUAAGUGAAUGGGGAAGUCGGUGACGUGCGACGUCGUUGGGUGGAAAAACGCGAUCGUUUCGAAGCGACGUCGAUCGCGACCGAUCGAUUUCGAGGAACUACCACCACCGACUCGUUCCUGACCGCGGUUCGGGAAUCGCCGCGGGGAAUCAAAUUAGUAUCCUUCGGACGAAGGAGGAGCACCUUGACGGACGCGGGUGGCGGGACGGAUAAGGCGACCGUAUUGGAUUUCCAGGAGGUGGACGAGAUUCCGAUCAACCUCCUCCCGGGUGAUGCCAUCCUGAGGCGGCGACAUUCUCACGGUCGUGCUCCAGAUCACCAGGGUGCGACCGACCGCAAAAUAUGGCCGACCUCGAGAGGAUCCGGCUGGUGGUGCUCGGCGGUGCUGGGGUCGGCAAAAGUUCUAUCAUACGCCGAUUGCUCGGCCAGGGCUUCAGCGAACGGUACCGGCCCACCGUGGAGGAUCUGUACUCGCGAGAAUGCGUCCUCGGCACUCUGACGCUUAAGGUCGAUCUCCUAGAUACCGCGGGUGACCUGCAGUUUCCCGCGAUGAGGCGGUUGAGCAUAGCCACCGCCCACGCAUUCCUGCUCGUGUACGCGUCGUCGUCGUUACCGAGUUUCGAGUGCGUGAAACGUUGCUUCGAGGAAGUGAGAGAACAACGACCCGAUUACCAGGAAGUACCAAUAGUCGUUGCCGGGAACAAGCUCGAUCUAGCGCCAGCACGAAGGGAAGUACCUAUCGAGGACGUGAGCGAGUGGCUGUUUUGCGAAUUGCCAAAACUACGCGCUAAGGUGAUGGAGUGCUCGGCAAAGGACGAUUACAACAUUAAGGACUUAUUCAGAUGUUUCGUCACGCUUUCCAGAAUCGUGCCGAAGAAUCCUACCGGUGAGGUCGAGCAAUCAGGACUCAGGAGAAGAUGUUCGGCAUACGGAUCACGCAGGUCCGGCAGCCCUGGCGGCAGAACCGGUAGCGCAGGUCCCGGCGGGAAUCCUCAGCAAGUGGUUGCGGCUCAGGGUUCUAGCGUCGUCACCGUUACCGAGGAGGUGAAGAGCAAACCACGUAGUCGCAGCCUGAUUAGGCGCACCUCAAGAAAAACGAAACAACAAAUCAGAGAUGCCCGCACCGACGAUUGCAACAUCUCCUAAAUCAGUUUUAUCCUGACUGUGAAACGAGUGAGCCAAGUGAUCCUGAUUAUUGCAAAGGGACGCGGCAACGAGUAAUCGAGUUCUUUUGAUCAAGUGCGUUAAGGUAAGACUCAAGAGUUAACGUUCAUGAUUUGCAAGAAAACGAGACGAGUAAUCUUUCCACGGUUAACAUGGAUAUCGGAUUAGCGUUUAUUGCUUACCCCGUCUUAAUCCACGGAAUUCUGAGAGGGUGAGAAGCGUAACAAGUAAAUAAAAUGACUAGUUUCAGAGAAAGUCUAGCUCGAAGCUCGAACAGAUACAAACCGUCAACUUCGUAAGAUUUAUACCAGAAAGCAUGUGUAUCGAUAACAAAAGUAUUGUUAUUAAAUUUUAAGUUUGAAAUUAAUUUUCUCCGUUGGCAAACAUCUAACACAAAAUAUUAACAAAAUAAUAACAAAAGUUCAAGUAUUCUUUUCUGGAUUAAGCUUUAAUGUAAUUUUUUAACGAAAACUAUAAAGUGAUCAAAUAAUUUAUUAAAUGUUUUUAAGAAAAACGUAAAUUUAAAUUAUAACAGCAUAAAGGCUAUCGAUAUACAUCUUUCUUGGAAUAUUCCUUGCAUAUACAUAUUAAUAGUGUGGAUGUGAAACCGAUGUUUAAUGGUAAUGUAAUUGUUUUCAACGAAUGAAUGAACUCUUACAUUUCUCCGUGUAAAUAUUCCUAAUUUAAAGUAAAAAUUUACAUUCUUAGGGUAUACGCAACAUUUUCUUGCGAUUAUUUUUACACGGCGUUCUCAUCCUAAAAACUAAUAUACAAGAAAAGCGAUACAAGAUUUUACUGAUUGUAAGAAAGUUUAACGAGAAAUACGUGACUUCAAAAUCAAGAAAGCACGCAUAUCGCUUUUCCAAUAUAGCUUGUAACUUAAAAGAACACGUACAUCCGCUGGUUAAUCGUAUAUAAAAGCAUUUUCUUUCAUAACGAUUACAAAGUACAAGUUUUAUUCGAAAAAUUAGGAAUGUUGAAAGAAUUUCUUGCGACAAACACAACGACCCUAACAAGUUCACACUAUUAAGAUAAAAAUAAAACUGCAAAAACAUUAAUUUAAAAAAUACGGCCCUUUGAGAGUAUAUCCUUUUUUGUUACUUAAGACAGGGAAAUAUAAACUUAACUCUUGAUGCUAUUCAACGAAUAAAUGGCAAAAAAUUAACAAUUAUUAAAAAUUACAAAACAAAUUCCAGUAGCAAUUUUAUAAAAAAUGUUUUAUUUCGCAAUGCACGCGACACACAUUUCCGCGUAAAUAAUAAUUUUACUCGUAGCAAACGAAGUUUCUGUCGUGAGUACUACCGCCGCGUAAGAAGAAAUUUGUUUGAAAAUUAUGGGAUACGCAGUCAAAGCACAAAAUACCUUUUUCUGCUACCUCUCUCCUAAUUCUGUUAUCAGAUAUGUGCUUUUCUUUUUUAACGUUUAUGAAAUGAGAAUGAGUUACUGCAAUAAAUUGUGCAAUAUGUAUUUUUUAUCUUGUCCAGAUAUACGUUAAAGCUCAAGGACUUUAUUCCCGAUUCUGUAUGUGCAACAACAUUUUGCACGAUGUGAAUGCUUUUUGACAAAUAGGUUUCACGUUAAAUACUUUGAUAAUUAAUACUCAACUCAGAAUUACUUUAAUCCGAAACCUACAUAAAAUCCGUGUAGAAUCAUUUAUAAAAUGAUUAGUUCUUCGUAUCGCUUUACUGAAAUUUUAUAUUUUCUAUUUUGACGAAAAA